CGAGGUCCAGCUGCGGCCUACGCGAGGGGCUGCGAAGCGGUGCGGGCGUUCUUUGCGCAUCCAGCGCAGAAAAGGUCGGUCAGUGGGACUACAGACCCGGCUCAACGACGAGCAUGGACGCCGGGCUGCGAGUCGCGACCUUCGUAGCCGCGGCUGCUGCACUGCUGACCGCUACAAUAACGGCGGCCGAGUACUCUUCAAGAGAUCGGCCGCGGAUUGUGCUGGACAAUGGCAACAUGGUGUUCCAGGUGCCCAGCACGAAAAACAUCAGCUUCCGCACCAGCUCGGGUCGUGGAGGAAUUUUUCUCAACGGACGGGACGUGGCUGAGGUCCUUGCCAAGGUCUCAGAGGCAGCGCGGACAAUUGAACCAAUAGCAACGAGCAGUCAGCUGCAGACUCUGACAGAAACUAUGGAGUCCGUAACUACCCUUCGCUCGCAAAUGGGCCAGCUGAGCACCAAAUGUCGACAACUGCAAACUCGGGUUCGGAGGCUAGAAAGCAACAUUACUCGGACACUGCAAGUUCCCUUGAACCGGCUGGUGCAAGCACUACGAAGACUCCGAAAUGGGCUUAACCAAGAUCCCUGCCGGUCAAAUCCGUGCAGCCAUGGAGGAACAUGCAUCGGCCGCUUCAACGCAUUCACAUGCCUCUGUCCACCGUCGUGGGAGGGAACCCGGUGUGAAGAGGACGUGGACGAGUGCUCCCACUGGGCGGGUAGUGAUCUCGGCUGCCAGAACAACGCCCGGUGCAUAAACACGCCCGGAAGCUACCGCUGCGAGUGCGCACGGGGAUUUUACGGGGCCCGUUGCACGGAGAGUCAGGACAGCUGCACGACAACAAGCUCGAGCGCUCUCUGUGACCACGGCACCUGCGUCAGCCUGCCCCGGACGAACGACCCACCGUACAUGUGCCUGUGUGAACAAGGCUGGACCAAGGGAUUCGGCCAGCAGUCGUGCUCUGUGGAUGUGGACGAGUGUAGUACGGGUCACCACUUCUGCUCGAGAAACCCGCCCGUGGCCUGCAUCAACUACCCGGGAGGUUUCGGAUGUGGACCGUGCCCGAGUGGUUACUCGGGAGAUGGCUACACCUGUUCUGACAUCGACGAGUGCCUCUUCAACAAUGGCGGAUGCUCCCAAAAUCCCCGCGUGGACUGCUUCAACACUGUCGGCUCUCGCUUCUGUGGCCCUUGCCCUCCAGGAUACGUUGGUGAUGGUGUGAGUUGCAGUUACGUGGGUGCUUGCAACGUCAAUAACGGAGGCUGCAGUCCGAUUGCCACAUGCAUCGUUCGCUCGGGCGCCUUCCACGAGUGUCGCUGCCCUCCGGGGUACAUUGGAAACGGAGUCGGGCCUAGUGGUUGCCUGCGCCAGGGUGAACCCGGUGCGGGCGGUCCGUCGCAGCCUCAGCCUUUGUUGCCUCCAGUCUUGGACCCGUGUGCAGCCCAGCCUUGCAGGCAUGGCUUCUGCCAGAUUCGGGGAAACGACUUCCUGUGCGUCUGCGAGACGGGCUACUCGGGCCGGCUGUGCGACCGCGCGGGCGACGGGUGUUCCAGUGCCCCGUGUCUCAACAACGGCACUUGCAGCGGUGGACCCGCGGGCGGCUUCGUGUGCAGCUGCACACCCGAGUGGACAGGACCCACGUGCGAGGAACCGAGGCAGAGCUGUGAAGACACUAUCUACGGCGUCAACGGAACUCUUCGCUACCCAGAAAACGGCGGGCAGUACACUCACAAGCGUGACUGCACCUGGAUCAUCCACACUUCUCAGGAUAUGGUCCUCAAUCUCACUUUCACAACGUUUCACCUGGAGGAGGGUCACGAGUGUGCCUUCGACUACCUGGAGAUCCACGAUGGUCCCACGUCGUCCCGCCGCACCAUCGGCCGGUACUGCGGCACUUCUCUGAGCGGCAGCAGCGUGGUGUCGACUCAGUCGGCGCUCUACCUGCACUUCCACUCGGACAGCUCGGUCGCCGGUGACGGCUUCGCCAUCGAGUGGAUCAGCGUCGAUCCCGAGUGUGGCAAAGUAAUGCCGGCGGCGAACGUGGGUUCGGUGAGCUCUCCGGGAUACCCUGACCACUACCCGUCAAACCGGAACUGCUUAUGGACGCUGGCUGUGCCGGCAGGAAAACGAAUCCAGCUUCACCUUGCUACAGUCCAGAUGGAACACCACCCCAACUGCUCAUAUGACUACCUAAAGAUCUACGAUGGUGCCAGUGAACAGGACCGGCAGUUGGCCGUCUUCUGUGGCACCAACAACACGGCUGGAGAACGUCCUAUCCUAAGCUCGGGUCACAACAUGCUCGUCCAAUUCCACUCGGAUGAGUCGAGCACCGACACUGGUUUUUACGCCACCUAUGCUGCCGUGCCUGCGGUCCCCGGUUGCGGUGGCGUCAUGUCUCGCGACAAAGGCCGCUUCUCUUCUCCGGGCCACCCGAACCCCUACGAGAACGGGCUUCUCUGCGAGUGGGAGAUACGAGCCUCGCCCGGUGAACGACUGCGCCUCACCUUCGAACGCUUCGAGCUGGAGAGCCACCCGAACUGCAAGUGGGACGCCCUGGAGAUCUUCGACGGAAGCGACGACCGGUCGCCGCUCCUGCGUCGUGCUUGUGGGGACAGCACGCCUCCUCCCGUGCAGUCCACGGGAAGCGCGCUCUUCGUCCGCUUCAAGACGGAUGAGAACACGCGGCUCCAGGGUUUCAGCGCCCUCUACGAGACAGUGUGCGGUGGUCGGUGGACGGGCCUGCAGGGCGAGCUCACAUCUCCGCGUUACCCGUCGGUGUAUCCGCGCAACCGGCACUGCAACUACACCAUUCAAGUGCCGCCGGGCAACGUCAUCAAGCUGGCGGUCCAGACCUUCGACGUCGAAAAUGAUGAGAACUGCAACUACGACUACCUCGAGAUAACAGAACUCGCCCGCAACGGCUCAACCACUCGCAUUGGUCGCUAUUGCGGCCCCUCCGCGCCCCCGGUGAUUACCUCAACAUAUAACCAGCUGCGGUUGGUGUUCCACACUGACCACUCCAACGAACACCACGGCUUCAUGGCAAACUACACUGCUGUUGAUAUCGGCUGUGGUGGCGUGCUGACCGAGUCCGGCAGCCUGGCGAGCCCCGCAACUCGUGCCGCCGCAAGCGACCACAGCGACGGUGGAGACGACGGCACAAGCGGGGGCAGCGCCGAGGCGUACCGGCACAACAUGAUGUGCCGCUGGAUCCUCCGCGCCCCGCCGGGUCACACGGUGCGCCUGACUUUCACGCACUUUGUGCUCGAGGACUCGUCAAACUGCUCGUACGAUUACGUCGAGGUACACGACACCUCGGACCAGAUGAUCGGAAGGUACUGUGGCCUGAAGGCUCCGCCGACACUGACGUCAUCAGGCCGGCAGCUUCAAGUGAUCUUCCGCACCGACGACAGCGUCACUCGAGAGGGCUUCCUCGCUCACUACAUCUUCCUCAACGAGAGGACGGCCUGCGGCGGCGACUACUACCUGUCCCAGGGCGUUGUCAGGUCCCCGCUCUACCCGCGUGCUUACCUAAGCGAUCGAGAUUGCUCGUGGGUAUUGCACGUUCCCGAUGGCCGCCAAAUAAGGCUUAACUUCACGCACUUCGACAUCGCCAGCGAGCCUGCCUGUCGGCCAAGCUACCUCGAGAUCCUAAACGGCGGCCAAGCGACGUCACCGCUGGCGGGCCGCUUCUGCCAGCGGAACGCGCCUGCAAAUUUUGUCUCUGACACCAACACUCUCCGGCUGCACUUCGUUAGUGGCAGCAACCAGGCUUCCACUGGAUUUGAAGUGUACUACGACAGCGCCCUGACAGGGUGCGGCGGUACCACGGGUGGUACCUCUGGCAGUAUCGUGUCGCCCAACUACCCGCAGCCGUACGGUCACCUCGCCGAGUGCCGCUGGAACAUCCGAGUCAAUGAGGGUUCAACGAUAUCCCUCGCCGUCGUCGACAUGGACAUCGAGAGGCACAUCAGCUGCCGGUACGACGCACUCGAGAUCUUCGACGGUGUUUCGGAUCGCGGCAAGCGCCUCGCCCAGUUGUGCAACGACCAGCAGAGGCCGGGACAGCUCCUGUCCACCAGCAACAACAUGUUCCUGCGAUUCCGCACCGACGCUUCGGCUGCCGGUCGGGGAUUCCACGUCGUGUACGCGACACAGUGCAACGUGCGCAUCAAGAACCAACGGCACGGUGUCAUCGAAAGCCCCAACUACCCGGAGCCUUCGCCGCACAAUGCCAACUGCACGUGGACCAUCGAAGCCUUCUCGGGGCACAACAUCUCCAUCGCGUUCUCCUUCUUCGAGCUGGAGCAUGACGCCAACUGCACCUUCGACUAUGUGGAGGUAAACGAAACUGACUCCGACGGUCGUCCCAAGCGACUGGGCCGUUUCUGCGGCGAAUCCUCGCUGCCGGCGCCCGUGGUGUCUUCGAAGAACAUCGUGACGGUGCAGUAUGUGACCGACGGCAGUGUCACGUCGCGGGGAUUCCGGCUCGAGUACGCGUGGCGAGGCUGCGGCGGCGUGCUGGUCAAGCGCACGGGAACCAUUGAGACGCCCAACUACCCGCACGGCUACCCCAAGAACACCGAGUGCCUCUGGAUCAUCAAGGCUCCGAUCGGACAGCGCGUCCAGCUGUCCUUCGAGGACAUGCACCUCGAGUCCAGCAGAGGAUGCCCCUUCGACUUCGUCAGGGUUUACGCUGGGCCCGACUUCACGUCCCCCAAGAUCGCCGAGAUCUGCAGUGCUUCGAGCCGCGUCAGCGAACUCAUAUCGCACGGCAACGAGAUGACGGUGCACUUCCGCAGCGACGUGUCGAUACAGGGCAAGGGGUUGCGCGCCACCUACCGGUUUGACCGGCGCGGCUGCGGCGGCCGCUUCUCGACGCCCUCGGCGGUGAUCAUGUCGCCCGGGUAUCCGGAGAACUACGACGCCCAGGACGACUGCAGCUGGGAGAUACGCGUCGCUCAGGGACACGUGGUGCAGCUGCAGAUACUCGACUUCGGCAUGCCUGCCAGCACCAACUGCUCCGACAGCUACCUGGCCGUUUACGACAACAUGCGCGCCGGUGGCGACCGAGUUUUGCUGCGUCACUGCGGAGACUCGCUUCCCGCUCAAGUGAAUCUCACCAGCACCUCUAACCAGAUUCGCCUGCGAAUGAAGGCUUCUGGAGCCUCGUCUGGAAAGGGCUUCAAGGCGCGCUACAGCACAGCUUGUGGAGCUACGUUGAACGCGGACGCGGGAGGAAUCUUCGCCACACAGGAGUAUCCGCACUUCAGCCCCGACUCGGACUGCACAUGGAUUAUUCGCACAUCGCAGCCAGACGAGCAGGUGAGCCUGACGAUCACGCACCUGAGCCUGCCGACCAACGAGUGCGCCCAUUCGAACGUCACGGUGCACGACGGGGACAGCGCCAACUCUCCCGUGCUUCAGACUCUGUGCACUGCCCAUCUGCCGCCGGCCAUCGUGUCCCGAGGAGGUGCACUUCUGGUGCACAGUUGGCACGCCGUACUCAGAGCCAGCUACGGCGCAUUCAGUUCCGGCUGCGGUGGCACAACCACUUCACUGGAAGGCAACGUGGCCAGCCCUGGAUACCCGGACACCUACACGCCAUCUCGUGACUGUGCGUGGAGGAUCAGUGCCGCCGAAGGGAACAUGAUGCUGCUCACUUUCUCGUUGUUUUCCCUAGAGGAGAGCGAGUUCUGCAACAAAGACUACCUGGAAGUUCGCGAGCGCAACGCCCACGGCAGGCUGCUGGGCCGCUUCUGCGGCGACGAGACCCCGAUGAACAUCACGCUCGCUAACGGGCUCUGGCUUAAGUUCCACUCGGACGACACGGACGUGGCGGCUGGAUUCUUGGCGCACUUUGCCACAAUGCGCAACGUGGACCUGGAAGGGACGGCGGGUGUGAUCGAGUCGCCGCUGUACCCGCACGAAGUCUUCUCGCUGGGAAGCUUCACCUGGCGGAUCCACGUGCCCGACGACCUCUACCCGCGUAUCAGCUGGGACAGCAUGUUCGUCACGGACGAGGAGUGCUGGACCAGCAGCAUCGUGCUGCUUGACGGCAUCGACGAAGGCUCGCCCGAGUUCGCGAAGUACUGCGGCAGCAGGAAGCCAGAUCCCGUGGUGCUUCGCUCGUCGCACGUCCAGCUUCGGUUCACAUCCGGUGGCGGCUACUCCAAGUGGAAGAUGCGAUGGGAGGCCGUCAACAGCAGCUUCCUCCAGAGCAUGGAGCAAAGCAACACCGGGUCCGUGUGCAACUUCCAAAUUGAACUGGCCAAUGCGACGUCCGUUGUCAACAUCACUUCGCCAGGGUUUCCAGAUACGUACGCAGACUUCCUCAACUGCAGCUGGUCUCUGGUGGCGCCCUCAGCGCGUGUUGGCAAGAUCAGCUUCAAUGUGGUUAACCUCAGAAGCUGGGAAAUCAUAGACAACUGCUUCUACGACUACGUCACUGUCUACGACGUGGAUCCCGCGGCAAGGUCCGAACGGCGCAUCCUGCGAAGCAUCUGCGGCCAGAUAGCGAAGGCCGACCUGCCGGCGCCUUUGGUCAGCUCGACACGGUUCAUGAUGGUUCGUUUUUGGAGCACUGACGCCAGUAGGAGCGAAGUGGUCGGCAAAGGUUUCUCGGCCAGCUUCCAGUCAGUGUGCGGCGGCAACAUCACCGAGCCGUUCGGCGUCAUCCAGGAGAGCGACAUUCUGGACUCGGAGAUGCAGUGUCAUUGGCGCAUCAGCUCUGACCGGAGGGUUCCACUGAAGAUCACGCUCGAAAGCAUCAACCUGCCGUCUGAUGGAGGAGCAUGCAGGGACACGUUCAUUCAGAUUCUCAAUGGAGGACAGAGUGACUCCCCUCCGCUGGGCCAGGGCAAGUUCUGUGGCAGCACAUCCAGAGUGCAGGAACUCCCGAGAACCUCAUCACCCACGGCAUACAUCAUCUACCGACGCAGCAGUCCGCAGAAAGGACAAUUCCGGCUGAGGUGGGAGGAAUCGGGCAUCGACUGCGGCGGCCCCCUGCGGUUGAGCAGGGAGCUCAAGACCCGAGAGGUGACGUCACCGGGCUAUCCACACGGGGCUCCAGCGCACGCCGUCUCUUGCGACUGGACCAUCAUGGGUCCGCCCAGGUCACGCAUCAGGGUGGACUUUCCCGACUCAUUCCACAUGCGCCAUGGUUGCCACGACGAGCCUAACGAGCGUCGCAAGGACUACGUCGAAGUGUUUGACGGCGGCACCUCCAACGCGCCCUCACUGGGUGUCUUCUGCGGCUCGGACCGGGGUGAUAGCUUGGUGAGCUCCGGCAACCUGAUCGCCCUGCGCUACGUGCAGACCAACGCUGCAGGAGACUUCCUCGGAUUCAGGUCUACAGUUACGCUGGCCGAGUGCGGCGGCACCUUGUGGCCGUUCAACGAACGCAGCCGAAACUUGGAGGAACUGCGCGAGAAACUGGCCGAAGGCUCCUACUUCGACUGCGCCUGGCAGCUGCGAUCCAUGGACCAGACGGUCGUCACGCUCACCGCCAGGGGACUCGCGCUCGCCGACAGCCCAGGAUGUUCGGGCACCGACUUCCUCGAGGUGCGGGACGGCAACCGCACCGGUCCACUGCUGGCUCAGAUUUGCGGAGCGAACUCGUCGCUGGACGUUCAGUCGUCAGAGAACUCCAUGUUCCUGCGGGUCAAGCUCGGGUCUGGCACACGCCACAACCCGCGUGCCCUAACUCUGCGCUGGCACUCCGAGUUCAGCCACUGCGGCGGGGAGCUCACGGCGCCAGAGGGCACAUUUACGAGUCCGGGAUUCCCGAGACCCCUGGAAGAGCGCCGCCACUGCUAUUGGACGAUCGCGGCGCCCGAAGGAAACCGGGUGUCGCUCACCAUCGACGGAAACAUUAACGACUGCACGGCCGUGCUUCAGAUAAUGGAGCGCUUCUACCGACGCACAGUGGAGUGUGGUCACGCGCUGCCGUUCACCUACGAGUCCUUCCAGAGCCGCAUCGUCCUGUCGUACACUUUCCAACGGCUCGCUGGUGGACAGGGAAUUCGCGUCACCUACAGCACAGUGAAGGAACUUCCUUGCUUUCAGGAGCUGACCGAGAAGAGUGGAACGCUCGAAGCACCCGCCGAGGCGCUGACGACGGGCAGCCACUACGGAUGCGAGUGGUCGCUGGCGCUGACUCCCAACCAGACUCUGGCCGUAACUAUGGACAGCAUCAACUUCACCACGACUGAGAACGCAAACUGCAGGGCCGAGUUUCUGCACGUGUCCCUUCCAGAAUUAGAGCACAUCCUAUCGGUACCACUGGCUCGGAGACUAAUCAGCAGAUAUAAGGCACUACGUGAGCUAAGCGGUCGCCUGUGCAAGCAAGGGGACAGGGAAGUGCUCGUGCCACAGAGCGAGCCAAUCUCCAUCCACUAUUCGAAGGCGCACAACCGAACAUCAGGGGGCUUCUCAGCCUCGUAUCGGGUGAACGACUGCGGUGGACGGAUGAGCAUUCGCGACAACACGGAGUUCAUCGCCACUCCGAGGUUUCCCGACAACUACCCGCCGAACACCGACUGCGUCUGGAUCAUCGAGCCAGACGUCUGGGGCACGCAGGUCAAGCUCAACUUCAGCAGUUUCGCCCUGGAGGACAACUGCAGCGCCGACUGGUUGGACGUGAAGAGCGGCAACAACGCGCUGGCGCCCAGCGUGAACAAGUACUGCGGACAGCGCAGCCCCGUCUCCCUCAUCGGCACCGCGUUCAUGGUCAUCUUCCAUUCGGACGCCGUGGGCACAGCAAAGGGUUUCAACAUCAGCGUCACUGCCGUCGGCCUCGCGUGCGGCGGCCUGGUGCACGGCCGGGGCGAGCAGUCUGUGCAGUCUCCGAACUAUCCGAACCGGUACCCGGCCAACACCGAGUGUGACUGGACCGUGGACGUGCAGCAAGGCUACCGGGCGCGGCUUGCCUUCCGGGGCCGUUUCGACAUCGAGGCCAGCACCGGGUGCAUUGCGGACUACGUCAAGGUGUUCAACGAAGGCCCAGAUGGCCAGUGGGAGCCUCACCCAGUGGGCAGCUAUUGCGGCCUCGAGGCACCGCCGGCCAUCGAGGCAGCCACUCACCGCGCCCGUGUCCUCUUCCGCUCCAACGGAGACGUAGAAGCUGACGGCUUUCGCAUGACCGUCACCAAAGCUUGUGGCGACCGGUACGAGGACGACGAAGGCGAGAUCACAUCACCGCGCUUCCCCGAGAAUUACGCCAACAACCUCAACUGCUCCUACCUGAUCGUGGUGCCGCAGGGAAGCCACUUGGAAAUCACUUUCGACACUGACAACUUCGAACUCGAGAAUGCCGACACCUGCAAGUACGACAACCUAACGCUGUACGAGGGUAACUCGACGUCCUCGCCUGUUCUGGGUGGACCCUGGUGCGGCACCAGUGCACCCGGCAACUUCUCCGUCGCUUCUUCGGUGCUGGUGAUGUUCCGCACCGACUGGAGCAGCACCGGAAAGGGCUUCCGUCUACGAUACCGCAUCUCGCACUGCGGCGGGAACUUGACCGCGGAAAGCGGUUCCUUCAGCCGUCUGGCGACGAGGGUGGACAGCGAAAGCGGGGCUUCCCGGUGCACGUGGCACAUCUAUGCGCCCGAGGGUCGAGUGGUCGAGCUUCGGCUGCAGCUGGGGCCCGACGAACACGCGACACACGGCGACUGCACCGACGCAUUCGUGGCCAGCCAGGUGCUCGUGAUGGACGGUGACAGCGACGCAGCCCCGCGCAUCGCCGUCUUCUGCGGCCGCCACGGAGGACCGGACAUCUUCAAGAGCACCGGGCGCACAAUGACCGUCGUGCUGGCCGUCAAUCCCAUGUACCUGGCCGGAACCGGAUUCAGAGCUUCCUACCGCACCACGCUCGGAGAGAGGCAGGGCUGUGGCGGCACCCUCCGCCAGGAGUCCGGCGUGCUGGCGCCUCCGAGCCGAGACAGCUCGGGCAGCUACCCGGGCGGCCCGCUCAACUGCCUCUGGACACUCGUCUCCCGCUCGGGGUACGGCCUCGAACUGAACGUCACGGCCCUCAACCUGGGAAGCGGAACGCUGCCUUGCAACGCCGCCAGCACCGACUUGCUGGAGGUGUGGGACUCUCUUGACGAGCACCAGGAGCCCCUGAUUCGGCUGUGCGGUCAGCGACCUCCCGAGGCACCGCUGCGCUCGGCCGGCAACACGCUUCUCGUGCAUUUUGUCACCAAGGCCAAGGGAGAAGGACCUGGUUUCGCUGCCGCCUUCAAGGAACUACCACCGCUGUGCGGCGGCAGCGUCAACGUGAGCGGCGACUCGUGGCAGACCUUGCAGAGUCCGGGAUUCCCCAACGCGGCGCCUGCUAACGUCCGCUGCCUUUGGGUGCUUCGAGCACAGGAACCGGUUGUCGCCAGUGGGGCCGUGCAGAUAUUCGACAGCGACGAUGCCUUCCGUGACGUCACCAUUCGGUUGAAAGAAAUGCGCUUGCCAUGCGAGGACGGCGCGUACUUGGCUCUGAUAACCACGCAGAAGUAUUUGCAGCUGCCGCCCGUGCGCUUGUGCGGCCACAGUGUGCCUCAGGAGUGGCUGAAGCCGCACGCCUCCGCCAGCCGGGUACAACUGCUACUCGACACUGGUCGCCGAGGUGGCCAGGCCAAGCUCAAGCUGGAAUACGGUACCAUGGCGAACGCCAACCUGACAUACAGCCAACCUAGUGGCGUCAUACACAACGUCGACUAUCCGGGCUGGACAACCAUCGAUCAUCCGUCGAUGCUGACCAUCGCGCCUGUCAACGCCUCAGCCACGUCAGCUAUCGCGCUCUAUUUCGUUCACUUCAACGUGGGCAACCCUGUGAACAAUUCCUGUCCCAACAUCUUCAUGCAGGUUCGCGACGGUGGCGCCUCAUCGCGGGUCCUGGCUCACGUGUGCGGUGACAUAAACCCUACCCCGGUUUUCUCUACUGGGAACCAGCUCAGCGUCAUCGUCAAAACCACCGCAGCCGCCCACUCUGUGGGCGCAUGGGCGUUGCGCUUCUUAUGGUUUACUACAGCAGCCCGGAAGGAGCCCCGGCAGGUUGCGGUGGCAACGUCACGGCGAACGAGGGCGCCGUGUCAAGCCCGGGCUACCCCACGACUUUCGCUGAGCGCCGAACGUGCACCUGGUUUGUGACGGGACGCGCCAGGGCUACGCUCCAGCUGAGCUUCGUGGCGUUCGCCUUCAACUCGACCGCCGCCAAUUGCGACGCCAACUACCUAGAAGUCUACAACGGACACCAGGACAGUCCUGACGCCAAGAUUACACGCCUCUGCGGCCAGGACAUGCCCGCGACGCUUCAGUCUUCCGGCAGCCAACUUCUCGUCAAAAUGGUCACGAACGAAAAGAACACCGGCGUCGGCUUCUAUGCCAGGUUCAAGGUUCAAAACGACGACCAGUGGAGACGGAUUGGCCUUUCAUCAGGAGGAUAACCAUCACAUCCACCACAGAAAUUGCACUUCUAGUUUAACAAUAUUGCGCAGAAGAAAAUUUUCCAAGAUACGAAGGAAGACUGCAGCAAAACAACACAUCAUCACUGUAUUCAUAACUGUUUCAGGGAGGCUUGACUUUCGGCUAAGCUCUAUGCCCCAUAUUCAUUAAGUUUCUUGUUCCGGAAGCAGACACAAAUCGCCAAACGAACGUACCUGUCGGUGUCACCAUAUUUUUCACAAUAGGUAUUACUUAGCUUAUCCGUUUCGCACAAUGUCAAGCCGAUAAGCGCCAUUUUGGAGAACGCUGACCGCUUAUAUCUUGAACACAUUCGAAUUGUUGCGCACAGCGUAAGAUACAGGUUAAUAUAUCAAUAAAAUCGACAGAAGUCUAUAGGUGUAGAUGAGAAUUUGUAAAGUGAACGUCGUUAACACAUUGCUUACGCAUUACAAUAUGCAAAUAAAUGAGCUAAACAACGCUUUAUUAUUGUUAAGGAUUAUUACAGCUCUGCUCGCCACAUUUGGAAGAGAAAACGACAACACGUGAUGCUUUGUAACGUUAUUUUAGUCCACAACUCUUUCGCAUCCAGCUUCCGAUAAGUGACUGUCAAGACACCAGAGGCGCACUGAGGUAGUAGAGCACACAAGCAGCCACAAAAUUUUUACAUUUAAGGCGACACAAGAAAAUGCACCGUUCUGCAUUACAAAAUAAAUGGCAAUUCAGAAACGACAGAUUCUACCGGACACAUAUUGAAUGGAAAUCAAAAACACCAACACAAUGUGAUACACGAAAGUCUUUAAAGAAUUACUUUAUAUCUGAAAAUAUUUUCUAGCUUUGCGGGCUUGCGCGCGUAUGUUUGUUAUUUUCCCUACUCAAUCAUAAAAUUUCUGAAAAGCGACCGCAGAGCUGCCUGAAAAAAUGUCUUGAGACCACGUAAAAUUAAUUUUUUUUUUUUGUUCGUGUAAGACAUCGUCAUCUGCUGUGCCACCUUCGUCUACUGCGAAACAUUUUGUACAGUACAUGAACCAAUAAAGCGUGUUAUUUAAGUGUU